UUGUUGUGUUUUGUAUUUAUUGGCAAAAAUGUCGGACAAUAGAGACGACCGACGAUUGAGUGAUAAAAACGAUAACAUUAUUAAAUCAAACAAACGAGUUGAUCCGAUGGACGAGUGGUCGCCGCCGACCGACGCCUCGAAAGGGGCGGCCAUUAAAUCGCAAUCCAAUCACAAGAAGUCACACAAAAGCAAACAUAAGAAACACAAAAAGGAUGACAAACACCGCGAAGUGUCGGCCACUCGUGAGGACAAGUCGUGUUCAAAGCAUUCAAAGCACUCAAAGAAGUCCAAAAAGGAGAAGAAGAAGGAUAAGGAGAAGCGGCCGAAGACAUCGCUUUCUAAAUCGGACGAAGAGUUGGAGGAAUUGAUUAAACAGAAGAAGCUUUUAGAGAAGGAGUUGAUGGACGAAGAGCUGAAGCAGAAGAGCGGUUCCAACGAUACACACACUAGUCAUUCAAACGCCAGAAGUGGUGAAUCAAACGGCGAACCAUUGAAUGGUAUGAAUGGAUACAAAGAUUGCGAUUUAAAAGACAAUGAAUUGAGAGUCAAAGAGAGGAAGAAUGCGACCAAAGAUGCGGUGGUUUUGGAGUCAAACGACAAGAAGAGAAAAGCGACGAAUGAUUUGCACAAAAAUGAGAAACACUUGAAAUCUAGUGAGAAAUCAAUUAAAUCUGAAUCAAAGACUAAAAUGGUUUCAAAAGAGAACUCGAAGUCAAAGGAAAGUCGAAAUACAAGAGAAAACUUGAAUAGAGAUAACAAUAGAGAAGAGAGAAGUUCUAAGGAAUUGAAGCCAAAAGCGAUCGAAAGUUCAAAUUUGAAUGAAAAAAGACAACAUUCCUCUGAAGACAGACAUUAUAUAAAACGAAGCAGAAGUCAGUCCAGAGAUCGUCAAAGACAUAUCACUCCAGACAGAAGUGACAGAAAUCGGAUGGAAAGGGGAGACGAGAGGAACAAUAGAAACGAUCGAUUCGACAGAUUUCGGGAUAAACCGGAUCAUUGGAACCGAAGAUAUGAGUCCAAUAGACGAUCGCCUCAUAAUUGGGAUAGAGAUAGGGGUAGAGAUAGAGAUCGGGAAAGGGAUAGAGGAAUGUAUCGAAGCGGUGACCGGGAAAGGGAGGACAGAAAUAGGGAAAGGGAUCGCUUCAGACGCCAAGACGAUCAUCAAAGGGGAUCCAAGAAAGGCGGCAGACAUUACGACAAGUACUCGAAUGAGUCGUUUGGAAACAAAAACGCAAACCAAGAGUCGAGUUCUGAUGAGUCCAACAAUUUGGACGUCGAUAUCAACGAAGACGAAAACGAAGAACAAGAGAUUGAACGGCGAAGAAAACAACGGCAAGAAUUGCUGCAAAAGCUGAGCACAGAUUUGGGUAAAGGAAACGAUUGUAACGACGCCUCCAAUUCUGGGUUCUCUUCUUAUCAAAACUCUCCCACAAAAGAAGAAUCGGAUAAGAAUUCGGACAAAAUGUCGGAAAGUAUAUUAGACGAGGACUCGAGACUGGAAACGUUCGACGAGAUCUCCAAACGGGUAGACGAGACCGAAGAAGAGCUUCAAAAUGACACCGAUUUGGAGCCAUCGGGCGAUCAGAAGCAGGAGUCCAUCAAAAGAAAACCGGUUGACAUGUUCUCAGAUAUUGACAUUUUUAGCGCUGAUUAUAACUCUCCGUGCGAUCAAAACCACUUUAGAGCGUCUGGAGCUGAAAACCCGGCCCUUAAUGACAACUGGGACGACGCGGAGGGCUAUUAUCGUAUAAGAAUUGGCGAAACACUUGACGGGAGGUAUUCAGUGUACGGCUAUACAGGACAGGGAAUGUUCAGUAAUGUUGUUCGCGCUCGAGAUAAGGCCCGAUCUCAGCAAGAAGUGGCCGUUAAGAUCAUCCGAAACAAUGACAUCAUGCAUAAAACGGUCUUUGAGUCUCUUUCCAUGAAUUUGCGCGAAAUUCUCAAAAAGUAUGGAAAGGAUGUCGGACUCCAUAUAAAGGCUGUCCGCUCUUAUAGUCAUCAACUAUUUAUGGCAUUAAAGCUCCUAAAGAGGUGUAAUAUAAUGCACGCCGACAUCAAACCCGAUAAUAUUCUGGUAACUGAAAAUAAAUUAGUGUUAAAAUUAUGUGACUUUGGUUCUGCCUCUGAUGCCAACGAGAAUGAGAUAACACCCUAUUUAGUGAGCCGUUUCUAUCGAGCGCCUGAAAUAAUAUUGGGACACUCGUAUGACUUCAGUAUAGACAUGUGGUCUGUGGGCUGUACUCUGUAUGAGUUAUAUUGUGGAAAAAUUAUGUUUUCCGGUAAAUCCAAUAAUCAAAUGCUUAAAUUUUUUAUGGACUUCAAGGGAAGAAUGAAUAACAAGUUCGUACGGAAGAGCGCUUUCAAAGACCAGCACUUCGACGCUAACUGUAAUUUUCUCUACCAAGAGGUCGAUAGGGUUACUGAAAAGGACAAAAUUGUUGUCAUAUCAAACAUACAGCCCAUCCGAGACCUGAACUCAGAGUUAAUAGCGGACCAGACAUUGGAUGAGACCGAACACCGAAAAGUGUCUCAAUUGAAAGAUAUCUUAGAAAAGAUCCUUAUGUUAGACCCGACCAAACGGUUGACUAUAACACAAGCACUCAGUCAUCCAUUCAUUACCGAUAAGAUGUGAUGACAGAAGUGAGUCCUUUGGUCUGUAUUUGGUCUAUAAUUUAUGUCUUAAAUGAAUAUAUUUAUCAAAAUUUUAUUUACUAUUUAUAGACAACUAAAGCAAAUGAUUAUAUUGUUUAUGCGUUCACAGGAUAUGUAUGUAAUUGAGUGAACAGUUAUGAUAAUUAUUGAGUUUGUUUUUAUUCAUUUUAAUUUGUCUAUCAAUCUAUUGAUAACUAUUUUUAAAUUAAUUGUACAGACAUUGCGAAAAAAUGUAAAUAAAAUACCGUUCCUUUUGUGCACCAUUUGUUAGGUUUGUCUGACAAUCAUUUAACUGGACUUUGUGUUAAUGUCACCGAAAAAAUACAAAAUACAAAAACUUUUGUAUUUUAAUAAUUGAAACUUAAUUGCUGUUGAGAUCCGAGACAAGUGUUAUACCAUUGGUAAUUGAAACUCACAUUAAAACCCAU